GGGUUUUAUAUUGCUCUGUUGAAUUUUACCAAAUAAUAAAAAAUUUAUUAAUCAUCUCCCUAUAUUAAGCAGUAUAAAAAUUAUUCAUUAUCACUGUGUGCUUAGAAGUCACAGCAUAUCGGAGCAUUUUGACUGAAAGUCUUUAGUUUCGGAAAAAUCAAACUUAAAAAGACCAGCACUUAAACAAAAAAUCGGGAUAUAUUAGUAAACCGUUGUGAAGUUAUAUAAGAUAUAUCUUCUUUUAAAUUUAUUCUAUCGUCACCAUGAAACGUUUAAUACUUGCCACGAUUGUCUUUUUCGUCGUUUAUCAGGUAGUACAUGGUAGGAUAUGUAGCUGCGAUUGGAAGUGUGAAGAAAAUCUCGUUUGUAAAGAUUCUGAAAUUCUGGUUAAAAAAGGAAGUUUCUGCCGCUGUUGCGAUGAUUGCUAUAAAAAAUUAUAUGAAGGUGAUAAUUGCAGUUGGGCAACGUAUUCUAUUAGUAAUGAGGAUUCUACGAAUAAUGGUUCUCCACGUCAUCUAGCACCACACGAGCCACUCAAAAUAAAAUGUGUAGACGGAUUAAUAUGUAAUGGUGAAGGAAAAUGCGCCAAAGUCUAUCAGUAAUUAUAAAUUGUUAUACAUUAUGUAUAUGAUAAUUACAUUUAUAUUUAAUUUCAACAGUUUAUCAGGUUUGUAUACCAUAACCAGUCUAUCAAUAAUUAUUAUGAACUUGAAUUUUUGUAUAAAUGAUUAAAUGAUAAAAA